UGCUGGAAGUGAAGUGGUGGAGCGGCAGCCUUUAGAGCGGAGCCAGUGAAUCACCUCAUCAUCCCGGGCAGAGCGACAGUCGCUCCGUGGAGCGGACACCCAGCUGCUCGGUCGAACACUCUGUUACGCACCGAGGGAACUACAUGAAAACGCAAAUAUUGGCAUCGUGAGAAGAGGGAUCCGUUUUAUAAUCUCUUGGAAUAUUGUGCUUGAUUGUUGGCAGCACUUUUUUUUUAAAAUUAACAUUUAAAAGCAUAAGUCUUAAUUACUGAGCAGGAUGAAGGAAUUUCCACCUUUCUUCCACAUGAUCCUUGUUGCGUUACUUGUCGCCAUCGUCUCAGCGACCAAGUUAAAUGUACCGCGACUGAGGCUGUCAUACAAAGAUCUGCUGUCCACCAACAGGUCGUCUAUCUUCAGCGGUCAUCAUGGCCAGCUCUCUCUUACUGCUGUCUUCCUGGAUGAGUACCGUGACCGGCUCUUCCUGGGAGGGAAAGACGUCCUGUACUCUCUCAUGCUGGGUCCUGUCAGCAGCGAGUCCAAAGAGAUCUACUGGCCCCCAUUACCUGGCAACAGAGAGGACUGUAUUGAAACAGGGAAGGAACAGACAGAGUGUGCCAACUUUGUUCGCCUCCUGCAGCCCUACAACCGCACCCACCUCCUGGCCUGUGGCACUGGUGCAUUCCAGCCCAUGUGUGCCUUCAUCUACGUGGGACACAGAGGAGAGCAUGUGUUCACAAUGGACCCUGUGAAUGUGGAAAGUGGACGAGGAAAAGUUCCUCAUGACCCCAGCCUCCCCUUCGCUAGCACCUUCAGUGGUGGUGAGUUGUACACAGGACUGACGGCAGAUUUCUUGGGAAGAGACUCUGUGAUCCUCAGGAGCAUGGGAGGUCGCUCCACUAUGAGGACGGAGACUGAUGAAAAACUUCUUCAUGAUCCUGAGUUCAUCGCUGCCCACCUCAUCCCAGACAAUGACGACAGAGACAAUGAUAAAGUGUAUUUCUUCUUCACUGAGAAAGCCACAGAUGCAGGGGACAGGGAGGGGGCCAUACACACACGUGUGGGACGAGUGUGUGCGAAUGAUGUUGGAGGCCAAAGGGUGUUGGUGAACAAGUGGAGUACCUUCAUCAAAGCCAGACUGGUUUGUUCUGUACCGGGACCUCAUGGCAUCGACACACACUUCAACCAGCUUGAGGAUGUUUUCCUGCUGAGGACCAAGGAUGAGAGGAACCCAGAUGUCUAUGCAAUCUUCAGUACUAUCAGCAAUGUGUUCCAGGGCUUUGCUGUGUGUGUUUACCGUAUGGCUGACAUCAGAGAAGCCUUCAAUGGACCCUUUGCUCAUAAAGAGGGUCCCGAUUACCAGUGGGGUGCUUAUGAAGGCAGGGUCCCUUAUCCAAGACCAGGAGUGUGCCCCAGUAAAAUCACCAACCAGCCUGGCAGAGAGUUUGGCAGCACAAAGGAUUUCCCUGAUUCAGUGCUGCAUUUUGCCCGUAGCCACCCGCUGAUGUGGCGGCCGGUGUAUCCCGCUCUGCGCCAGCCUGUGCUUGUAAAGGCCAACAUUCCCUACAGGCUGAAACAAAUCGUGGUAGACCGGGUUGAGGCAGAGGACGGGCAGUAUGACGUAAUGUUUAUUGGCACAGACACUGGCACAGUAUUGAAGGUCAUUGCCCUGCACAGUGGAAACAGUCUAGAGACAGAGGAGAUCACACUGGAGGAGCUACAAGUCUUUAAAGUGCCAACUCCAAUCACAUCAAUGGACAUAUCUGUGAAAAGGCAAGCCCUGUAUGUGGGCUCUCCAAUAGGUGUGGCCCAGGUGAAGCUGCACCGCUGUGAGACUUAUGGGAAAGCCUGUGCUGAGUGCUGCCUGGCCAGAGACCCUUACUGCGCCUGGGAUGGAUCAUCAUGCGCACGAUAUGUACCCAACAGCAAACGCCGCUACCGUAGGCAGGACAUCAGGCAUGGAAACCCUGUGCUGCAGUGUAUGGAUCAGAAUCUCAGUGAAGACCUUGAUGUGACGGAGGACAAGGUUGUGUAUGGGACAGAGAACAACAGCACAUUCCUGGAGUGUGUUCCUCGGUCUCCACAAGCUACUGUAACCUGGCUCGUCCAACACAAUGACCACAAGGAAGAGGUGAAGCUAGAUGAUCGAGUGAUGUCAACGGAGCAGGGUCUCCUGUUUCGUCGUCUCUUCCGUCAAGAUGAAGGUGUGUACAUCUGCCGUUCCCGAGAGCAUGGCUUCACGCAAACCCUGGCCCGCCUCACCCUUGAAGUCCUCCAGGGGGAGACAGUGGAUGAGCUCAUGGCACGCGACAACGCCGGCCUCCCUGACUCAUUCAAAGACCGGUCUACAGGAAGCUACAGGGCCUGGAUGCCUUGCAGUGCAUACAGCAGGGGUGGCUCAUCAAGCCAAAUCGGCCAAUCACGUACGUGGUUCAAAGAUAUCAUGCAGCUGAUUGGGCCAUCAAACCUGCCACACGUGGAGGAGUACUGCGAGAGAAUGUGGUGCAAUGACAAGCUGAGGAGGAAACACAAGGGCAUGCUGGAGAAAUACCGCCAGGCACAGGAGAGCGCCAGGAAGGCUCGUAGCAAGAGCUCCAGCGAACGUAACCGCACGCCGCGGGAUCUGAGCGCAUGGGAGGAGUAAUGGAGACAAUGUGAGAGGGGAAAAGAAGGACAAAACGAAAGAGGAAAAAGAGAGAACAAUAAUAGUACAGGACAAGAUGAAAGGGGCAACAAGAGGAUCAAGAUCAACCUUAUAGUUUAAACUCUGGCACACUGUAAGAAUAAGGUAGAUCAGAACAUCACGUCUGCUUUGUCAAACCUAACAAAAUAGAUUUAAUGAAAUCAGUGUAGAAACUCAGUGUAUGUGUAUGUCAGGUGCUAGAGGUUGGUUCUGACUGUGGCCCCCCAAAAAAAAUAAAAAAUAAAAGAGACAGAGGUGUUUGGUUGUCUGGAAAGACAACACACAAGUAGAGACUGCUAUUGAACAAGACAGGUUGUUGUUGAUGAAAUGCUGUUGACACUGUUAAAGAGAACAUAAGAGACAAUCUUUCAAGUACACUCUGAGGAUGCUUUUUAAAAAAUCUUGAUUACCUAGGACUCGUCCCCCUCUCACCACUUUGCCCUUGUAUACUCCUACUGUUAUUGAAAUGAGGAACACUGCUUUCAUUGCGUUACAUCAUGAAAGUCAUUCUUCACUGAGAAAACCUUCAAAACAUCACAAACCUCAGAUUUAAAAAUGUAUGCAUGCCUGUGCAUUAACUCAACCAACAGCAGACCCUGUUUUAUGUCUGCUUUUGCAGCCUCAUUGACUCUUUGAUGAACAUUGUGUUGGCUCAUAUCAUUGUGUUAAUUGUUUCAUCCGACUACCAAGCGGGGCUGGGCAGGUUUUUCAUGUAAAUAUCAAUGCUAAUUGCAAACUGGGGCUUCAACAGAGAGGAGCAUCACAUUUGUAGGCUUUGCACCUUUGGAGACUACAAAACAGCAAAUUUGCCGUGUGCAGCUUUGACACGAUUACUUUCAAUUUCUUUCUUCCUCACUACCGAGUUGGUUACAUUUCACAGUGCAAUCACUGGAUUCAUCUCCUCCUCACUAUGUAUUUAACAGCCCAUGUCUCUUGCCAUGUUCUGCACUUGACUUUGUUCAUGUGUGACUUCAGCUCAAGACACAACACUUUUUGCUGUAUAUUUGUUAGAAGCAUAUGAAGCUAAUGAAGCAUACAGGCUUAAACUCUCUAUCACACACACACACACACACACACACACACACACACACACACACUCUCUAUAAACUGAAAUCCCACUAACCCAUCACACUGAAUGCAUAAGCUCAGCUAACUCAAACUGGAAGCCACCAUGAGACGACUGUUGAUGGUUCAACAGAUUAAAGGCAAAUUGCUUUAUUUUUACUGCUAUGGGUUGAACUUUCCAUUAAACACCAGCUCGAGAUCAAAAUUCCCCCUCAUUGACCCUUUAAGGGAUAUUUCACAGAGGCUUAAUUUCAUGCUUUUGGGUUAUGUGCCGUACCACCUCUUGGAAUGUACCUAAUAGUCACGGUCCAAUCCUCAGUAUUGGCUUUGUUGGGAAUUUUCAGGCAACUCAACUUCACUUAACGCAAACUCCAAUAGAUCUGCCCAAGAUCUGCCAUUUUAUUUAAGUGUUCAAAACAAAAGAAAAUGUAUAUCAAGCACCCAAUUUUCAUUUCAGUUACAUUAUGUUUACCUUCGCUGACAAUCUGGACUAUAAGAUUGAAUUCUGGUGAAAAAAGUUCAGCUCGUUUGCCAUUAAAGGAGAAAUUACAUAACCUGACCACUCUGUGGUAACCUCACAUGUUAAUCAGCCACUAAACUUGUUUUCCCACAGUUCCUCUGUGUGCUGUAGCUUUCCAAUGACAAUAGAGGGAACAAUAGAAGGGUCAUCCAUAAUGACUGACUCCUUUUGUCUUUCUGCUUUGGAAACACUGGUUUUAAGACGGUUCAUGAUUUGAACACAUGAUAAUCCACAUUGUUAUCAAUGUCACUUUUGUUUUUAAAAUAUAACUUUUUUUUAUGGUUACUCAAUCCAAAUGGUUUUCCUUCCAUGUUUUGAAGAGAACAGAGGGUUCAAUUUAUUAAUAAGACUGAACAAGAAAGAUAAAGAAGCCAGGCAGAUAAAGAAAAAAUGGAUUUGAACAGUGCAAAUAUGAGUGUUGGUUUCCAUUGGUUUCCAAUUAUAAACUGUAAAAAAAAGUUAUCUAUACCUAUUAAAUUCAUUACAACAGUUACCUACUUUCAGAAACACAAUCAGCAAGAAGUCAAGUACAAUAGAAGCCAAAGAACUGAGGACAUCCAACAUGGCUGCCUCACAUGAAACCCCUAUAAUAUGUAUACAUAUUGAGGAUGGUAUAUCUAUUCUGGGAGCCCCUCUAAUUGCAACAUUAGCACCAAUGAACUUGAAACAAAAAGAGGGAAGAAGUGGCUCAGGUGAGAAGAAAUGAUAGAGCAAGAUUAAAUAAUAAGGUACUAAAAGCAUCUUGUGAAGGCUGUAUUUGCAAUUUAUAAAAAUCCUAAUCCUUAUUAAAAACACUUCUUCCCACAAUUCAUUAGAAUGAAGUGAGUAUUUUACUGUUUUGUACAAUACACUUAAGCACAUUUUACUCUAGCAAAGUUUAUUUUCUUAGUUUGAGGAUUGUGAGACUGGUCGCUAGACUCCAAUUUUAGUGUUUUCUCUGAAAAUAUUGCUUCUGAUGUAUAUCUAAACUGAUAAAAAAUGAUAGAAUGACAGGAAGGUAGUGUGCAUGAAACAAAGAGACUGCUUGCAGGGUAAAAUAGAGUUCAAACUUGAUUGAUCUCUAAAAUAACCCUCAACAAAAGUUACUUUUCUCUGUAAAAAUUUUAGAUUUUAAUGUUAUCAUAAUUCUCUGGAAACAGAUACACAAAUACUUGGUCUGAUCUGCGCUAUGAAGACGACGAAACCUAUUUUGUUUGUCUGUUGUGGUGGUGCUGAGGUUUCCACCUCUUUAAGUCCUGAAUUUCUGCCAUCAGAAAAAUUUAAGCUCUUCAACAACUCCUGCAAUUUUUGCAACUAUGAUUGUGAAUUUAGUGUGUAAACUUGUCUAAAGAUGCAAGUUUCUAUUUGACGGCAACUGUCAUAAGAUGGAACUGCCAAAAUAAAUGCAGACACUGUUUUUGCUGGAGGGUUUCUGAGGCUUAAAAUGCUUCAGAAUUUCAUCAGCAGCCCUCUCCUUUUUGCAAAUAAGGAAUUAGUAACAGACAAAGUAGUAGUAGAAACAGACAAAAAUGUGCCAUUACUAACUAUAUAUCACAAACAUUUGUGCACAUUUAAAACAGGCAUUUCAAAGUCUUCAAAUGCAUUUCAGUUGUUGUACAGCUGUACAAAAAGUGUUGUGGUAUUGCAUCUGACAUUUUAUAUAAAUUUAACUUACUAUUUUGAUGUCCACUCUCUGUAGUUUGUUGUUUUCAGUGCAGUUUCUUUUUAACUUGUAUCUAUUAACACAGUUUGAAUGCACAGCUUUUGUCCUUUUGGCCUUAAUUCAGCUGUGGUAUUUUGCAGUGUAUUUAUGAAAACACCUGAUAGAUCUAUUAUGUGGCGAGGAUUUAAACAUUCAUAAAUAUUGUAAAACAUUUUCUGAAACUGGGGUAGAGUUUCACACCUGCUAAACUACAGCAGGUGAUUCCAAUGAUUAGCUGCUCCUCCUGAUUGGUGGUUCUUGCUACUCUAUAAAUACCUGCACCUGCUUUGCUCUCCCCAGCUACUCUGCAGGAAGCAGUCAGGAGGUUGUGUCUGGGGUAAAAUGUUUGAGAAGAAAAUGUAGUUAACACAUUUAAAUUAUUUAUCCACGAACUUGUCAGAAGUCAAACAAGCACGCUUUUGUAACCCUUUUGAAAUUGAAGAGUUCAAUAAGCAUGGUUUCCCCACUGAGUUUUCACUGAACACCAAACCAAAACCAACUCUUAUUAAAAUCUAGGAUAAAAAGUAUAAGGACCCUUGGGUUUAAAAUGCUCACUAACUCUGUGAAACUUCCCUUCAUUGCACUGUAAAGACGUGUGCUGGCUGUGGGGUCUUUGACAGAAAGAGCCUAAUUUAAAUGUGUAUUUAUGUUUUAUUUAAGUGUCUUUCUACCAUGCAUGCUGUGUAGUUGUAUGCUAUUUAACAACAUUAAAAGUUGAUUUUCUAACA